AUGUUGAAGAAAAUCAAACCAAAGAAUGCACGUUCAAAAAGAGAAUUACAAAAACGGGAACCAAAAAUUGAAGAAAACGUAAAGAAAGCGAUAUUUAUUCGAAGUAGUUCGACAAGUCAAAUUGUUAAUGAAGCCUUAUCGGACCUAUGUAAAUUAAAAAAACCCGAUGCGAUAAAUUUUACAAAGAAGAAUAAUAUACAUCCAUUUGAUGAUGAAACUUCAUUAAAUUUUUUCUGUGAAAAAAAUGAUACCUCGUUAUUUGUAGUUGGUUCUCAUACAAAAAAACGUCCAAAUAAUUUAACUUUUAUUAGAAUGUUCGAUGGUCAGAUACUUGACAUGAUCGAAGUUGGUAUUGAAAAUGCUAAAUCAUUAAAUGAUUUCAAGACCUCAAAAUGUGCUAUAGGAAUGAAACCAUUAUUCUUAUUUAAUGGUGAUUUAUUUGAAAAUUCUCAUGUACAUAAAACCUUUAAAAAUAUAUUAUUAGAUUUUUAUCGUGGUCAAUCCGUUAAACACAUUAAUUUAUCAGGAUUAGAACAUAUCAUUUCUGUUACGGCUAUUAAUUCUACUUUGGAACAAUCAAACGAUCCAAAAGCCAUGCCAGGAUUAAUUUAUUUUAAAGUAUAUUCUAUAAAGUUAAAAAAAUCUGGUGAAAAAACUCCAAGAGUUGAAUUAGAAGAAAUGGGUCCAAGUUAUGUUUUUAGAAUUAGAAGAUUUAAAUUUGCCAAUGAUGAUGUAUACAAAUUGGCUACAAAAGUCCCUAAAAUCAACAAGCCAAAGAAAAUCAAGAAUAUCGAUGUUAAUGAAAUGGGAGACAAGAUUGGUCGUAUUCACCUUGGUAAACAAGAUUUAGGUAAAUUACAAACAAGGAAAAUGAAAGGGCUUAAGCGUGUUGCUGAGGAUUACGAAGAAGAGUAUAUUGAAGAAAUUCCUACAAGCAAAAAACAAAAAGUCUAA